CUCGAGAGGCUUGGGGAGUUAAAAAUAAGUCUUUAUUCGAAGAUUAGCGUUACCAAAGUGCGAAUAUGCAUUCCAAUCCUAAAUAUAUACCUUUGUCAUUUAUUUUUUCCGAGUUGUGACAGAACGCAAAGUGUUUAUAAAGAGAAGGCAGCUUGUCGUGAAACACGCGUUAACGUGUACCACUUAUGUGACUAUGUAAGCAUCAGGGAGACUUUUAAAAAGUAUUUUUCAAUUCGGUGGUCGGGUGCGACACCAGAAAGAAAGAAAUUCAUACUUGGAGAUCUACAACCAGUCCGAAAUGCGGGUGACUCGCCAGAAUGCUGGUACACUGAAUUCAGAAACACAACAGAUAGACUCACAAUAGUAGGAACAAGUGCAAAUAUAGAUUGUCUAUACUUAAACGGAAGCAGCUACAAUGGUAACAUAUCAGUGACAUCUUCGGGUAUUCCAUGCCAAUCAUGGACAGAACAAUGUCCACAUCGUCAUACCAUGAACACCACAUAUCCAGAAUUAAAUAACGCCAAGAAUUACUGUCGUAAUCCCAAGAACUCAGGACAACGGCCUUGGUGUUUUACUACAGAUAGGAACAAAAGAUGGGAGUACUGUGAGAUUCCUAAAUGUACACCAGUUGACGGUAAUUAUGGGAAUUGGUCAUUAAAAGAUAAGUGUAAUGUGAGUUUUUGA